AAAAUGAAAAAUGCAUUAAAUGCAACCGCAAAAUAGAGCAAAAAGUAAAACCAAUCAGAGGGAAAAAAAGGAAAUUGCACAAGCUGGACCCCGGCACAAAGGGAUGGCGGGGCGAGUUAGCGAAUGUAAAAAUUGAUUUCUGCGGUUUUAACCAGCGGAUAUCGGAUAUUGCUCAUACGAGUACGAGUGCGAGUAGGAGUACUUCAAAUCUCAGUGCUGCGGACUGCUGUGCGACACGAAAAAUUCACUAAUUAAUCAAUAAAUAAUCACAUUUGUGGACAAACAGUCAACAGAAUGCCACUGCCGGCGAUUAAACUGCGAAACAUUUUCAUCCUUGCCGUUGUUUACACAGCGACCCUGCCAGGGCUGACUGUGGGGCUGCGCGAUGUCAAUGUUCGCAUCCCAUCGGCCGUUAAGCGCGGCGAUAAUGCGCUCUUAAUCUGCAAUUAUGACAUCGAGAACGAUACGCUGUACACGGUGAAGUGGUACAGGGGCCGCAGGGAGUUCUAUCGCUACACGCCAAAGGAGAAUCCGGCCUGGAAGAUAUUCACGAAAACGAAUGAAAUCGAUGUCGAGACAACUCAAUCGAAUGCCAGCCAUGUGCUGCUGCGAAAUGUCCCCACCUCGAUAUCGGGGAAAUUCGCUUGCGAAGUGUCCGCCGAUGCGCCCACCUUCGACACCUCCAUUGUGGCUGCCGACAUGGAGGUUGUGGAAUUACCCACCCAACGACCGAUUAUAACUGGCAUUCACUCCCGCUAUCGCCUUGGAGACAUCGUCAAUGGCAACUGCUCCUCGGACUACUCCAAGCCGGCCGCCAAUCUCACCUGGUGGAUCAAUGACAUACAGGUGCCGCCCAAUUACUUGCGCAUCUACGAAAUCCAGCGCCACCUGGCCGAGCACCUGGAGUCGGCUGUUCUGGAGAUCAAUUUCGUGGUGACUGUGCAUCACUUUAUCAAGGGACGCUUGAAGCUCAAGUGUUCGGCCCGUAUACACGAUAUCUAUGCACAGGAGAGCGAGAAACUGCUCGAGGAAGAUCGCCCGAGGAUUCUGGCCUCCGGCCGCUCCCCAGACAUGAACAUGUAUCCCUUCGAUCAGCCCGGGGAUGUGGACGAGCACAACGAACUCUUCUUGACACAUAAAAAUGCUGGCUCGUCUGCCGCCGGACUGCGGCUGGCCCUGGUCAACGUCAACUGGAACUGGAAAUGGAACCUGAUGCAGGGCAAUCAGCUGCUUACCUUCCUGCUGCUUGCACUUCUGUGGCCGGCCAUCUGGCUGUGUGCCUGGCGGCACUUCGGGUGCACCGAGUGGCAGUGGAACAGGAACCUGUUCUGGCACAGUUGCUGCAACUCCGAUGAGGCGGAGCGGUGAUGAGUCGGCCGCGGCAGGAGAGAUGGACUUCAGGCAGGACACAGUGGAGUGGGCUGGCCGACGAGGCUUUAGUUUCAGGUUCAUCGAAUUCGGUAGACGGCGAACCCCUCUGGAUCAUCACCGAAACAAUUAUAGAACUCAUAAUAUACAUACACACAUACAUAUAUACAUAUAGCGAAUCGAAUAGCAAAUUACGAAUACAGAA